UACACAAAUCAAGGCUAACCAAAUUCCUCGGCCACAGGCCCCUGCAUUUGAAUGGCCUUUUGCAUGUCUGCUUGUCCACAGCUGAGCUUUAAACUAACUCCUCUUUUCCUUCCAAUGAAUGAUCUAUAACACCAUUAUGAAUACAAUUAUUCCUUGACUCCUCACCUCAAAGUACAAGUUAGUAAGUGACGGUAUUACUCCAAGGCCUUGUUUCAAAGGGCUUCCCUAGAGACAGGUGAAGGCCGGGUGUGCAGGUGGGCGGGGCCUGGGCACAGGUGUUGUGGUCCGGCCAGGUGGAGACGGCCCAGGGCCAGGACGCCAUCCUACUCUUGAAUCUACAGGACGGGAACUAACGAGCAACAAAAACCAGCAGCAACCCUCAUCAGAGAGACCCAGUAGGCAUUGGACUGUUUGUGGAUAUACUGAAUCAACUAUAAGAAAAAUAAGAAUAUAAGUUCACAGAUCCGUCGGGACACCCAACACCCAACAGUCUCCCACCAUGGAUAAGUUCAGAAUGAUGUUCCAGUUCCUGCAGUCCAACCAGGAGUCCUUCAUGAAUGGCAUCUGCGGCAUCAUGGCCCUGGCCAGCGCGCAGAUGUACUCUGCCUUCGAGUUCAGCUGCCCCUGCAUGCCCGAGUACAACUACAGCUACGGCAUCGGCCUCCUCUGCAUCCCGCCCAUCUGGUUCUUCAUGCUGGGCUUCGUGGUCAACAACAACGUGUCCAUACUCUCCGAGGAGUGGAAGCGGCCCACCGGCGAGCGCAGCAAGGACCCCGCAGUGCUCCGCUACAUGCUGUCCUCCAUCACGCAGCGAUCGCUGAUCGCGCCGGCUGUCUGGGUGUCAGUCACCCUCAUGGACGGGAAGAGCUUCCUGUGCGCAUUCAGCAUCGACCUGAACCUUGAGCAGUUCGGGAACACCACAGAGAUCCAGGGUUUGUCCGAGUUGGAGAUGCUGAAACUGCUGGCCAAGAUCCCGUGCAAAGACUUGUUCGGCAAGGGGGAGCUCAGAGUGGCGGCGUCCCAGUACAUCAAGUGUGUCUCGCAGGCAUGCGGUUGGCUGUUCCUGCUCAUCAUGACCUUCGUGGCCUUCAUGAUCCGUGCCAUCCGGCCGUGCUUCACCCAGGCCGCCUUCCUGAAGACAAAGUACUGGUCCCACUACAUCGACAUUGAGCGCAAGAUGUUCGACGAGAUGUGCAAAGAGCACGCCAAGAGCUUCGCCAAGGUGUGCAUCCACCAGUAUUUCGAGAGCGUCAGCGGCGAGAUGCAGCACUUCCACCACGGCCGCGAAAACCUGGAGGGCGACGACGAGGAGGCAAACAAGAGGAUGAGUGACAACGAGAAGCUGAUGGGCAUCCGGGCGCAGGAUGACAUGAACAAGGUGCUCUGGAACUGGCACAGCUGCAAGCCCAAGCUGGCGCUGAGGAAGGACGCCCCCGAUGGAGAGGAUUGCGAAUUCCUCCUCAAGAAGGAUGCUUACGGCGUUCCCUACGGCGGUCCAAGCGGAGUUCCCAACGGAGGUCCAAGCGGCCUUCCGAAUGGCGGUCCGAAUGGUGGUCCGAAUGGUGGCUCCAACAGUGGUUUGAAUGGUGGUUUUAACGGCGGCGUUCCCAGCGGCGUUCCCAGCGGCGUUCCCAGCGGCUUCGCUAACGGACACGCGCCCGACGGCGGAAAAAAGGAGUGGGCGGUGUAUUACAGUCGUGUUUGAUCGUUUCCAAGACAGAAAGAAAAAAUAAUUGGUCGGAAACGUUCAAAAUCGAGCUUACUAGAAAAUAAAUAGGCAUUGUGAUAAGAGUUGCUCCGAUACCGAUACCAGUAUCGAACAUUCCUCCGAUACUGCCUUUUAAGGGUUAGGGUUAGGGUUAGGGUUAACCCUAAAUUCCUCCGAUACUGCCUUUUAAGUAUCUGCGAGAAAGCAAGUCUAUGCGCCGAUCCGAUACAUCACAUGACCAGCUCAUUUACUACAAAGGCAGAGAACAUCACAAUCAGUUUAGCUUAACUACAAGAAUACAAAUGCAUUAUUAGGAGAAAUGUGAAUGAUCUAUUUCUGAAAAGAAGAUUGUCGAUAGUAAGUGACCCGACUAUACAUUGCUGUCACCGUAAGGGAUCCCUUCAAUAAGAACACGUGCUGUUAGUAGUUACGAUGCUAGAUGCUGUAUCAGUUUACACUCAGGAAUCUGAAUCGUUAUCGGGAAGGAAAAAUUGUCAUCGGAAUAUCCCUAAUCGUUGUCAUUAUUCUUUGCAACGUUUGUCCCUUGCAUCUGCAAUCUGUGAAUAUGUCUGUUGAAAUAUCCAUUGAACAACUGAAGACCCACUAGGCCAGCACUGGGCCAUAAAAUCGUCCUAAUUGCCUUUCUGCAUUGUGUUCUGUGGGCCUGCCCAUCAGGGUAUUGGCAGCGACCCGGUCUCCUGAAACACUUAGUGCUGCUCGCUUUGCAGCCUUUUGGAUGCAAUCACUCAUUUCCAAAUGCACAUAAAGUGCCUGCACAAUAUCUUUUACUUUUUAUUCUAUGUGCGUGUAAACAAUGUUUUUGGUGUUCAUUAUAAAGGCUCAACACAUUUAUGAAUAUUGGUGUUUUUAUUCAUAUAUUUUCAUAUUUUCUAAGGAGUACAUGAAUGUGGAUUUCGUUUUUUGAAGGUCAGCUCCCACAAUUGACAUGUUACAUUUUCUUUGUUAUGC